AUGGGGAGCCAAGCCGACUUCGUCGUUGAGGCGUUCACAUUACUAUCAAUUGGCAUCCUUAUCAUCUUCCUACGAACAUACGCACGAUUACGACAGGUCGGAAUACGAAACUUCGAGGCCGAUGACUGGCUUAUGCUACUGGUUAUUGUGCCGUACACGAUCGAGACGGCCCUUGCAUACACUGUCGGCGCGCAGUUCCGAGGCUUGACGAACAGUGGUAUGACGGAUGAGGAACGCAAAGCCUUGUCGCCAGACAGUGAUGAAUUUGCAUGGAGGGUUGGUGGUUCAAAGAUCCAGGUUGCUGGUUGGGUCAUGUAUGCUUCGGUGCUUUGGCUUGUCAAGACAGCGCUGUGCGCUUUCUAUUUUCGACUCACGGCCGGCCUUGCGGGUUAUAAGACACGGAUCUACAUUGGUUUUGCAUUCAUUGCCGCGACAUACAUUGCUAUCAUCUGCUGUAUUCUCUUCAGCUGUCAGCCAUUCAACCACUUCUGGCAGAUCUAUCCCAACCCAGGCAACUUCUGCCAACCGGCUUUGUCCAAGAUCUACAUCUUUGUUAUUGUCUGCCUCAAUAUUACUACCGACAUCUACCUGCUAGCGAUCCCGAUCCCAAUGUUAUGGGGAGCCCGAAUUCCCAAGGUUAAGAAAUACGGCUUACUGGUUCUGUUCUCUGGCGCUAUCUUUGUCAUGGUCGCGGGAUUGUUACGGUGCUUCCUCAUUCUUCAGAACCCCGAUACAGGUCCCGAAGAAGGCGCCUCAUGGGCCGUCCGAGAAUCCUUCGUCGCCGUAGUAACUUCCAACCUCCCCAGCACAUGGGGCUGGAUGCGCCAGAAACUCAAACCCCUCUUCGGCUCACUCUUAUCUUCGAACAACGUCAGCUCAAAAUACAAAGGUGCCGAACCUGGAAGCAUCAUGCUUGGCGACGGGCGGGGUUCAGGCUGGAGGAGUCGCAGUGGUCGGGCAGACAACGGAUUAGCCACUGUGAACUCCGAACACAAUGUUUACAUUCACGGUGGAGGCGACGCCAGCUCGGAUGAGAUUAUUCCUUCGAUGCCGGAUGGGAUCAAGAAGGAUGUUGAGUUUACGGUGCAAGAAUCUGAGCCACGAAGAUGA